AGUCUGGCGCAGAGAGAGCAUCGCGAAAACAUCCCCCGGGUUCAGUCAGAACCGGGCCGGCAGUUCGCGAAGCUCUUGCCUCUGGACGAGUCGCACAUUCCUCUCUCAAUCCCCGCACGAACUUCCUCGCUCGCGCUUCUUUUGAGUGUCGCGACGCACAGGACAAGUUCCCUACCAUCCGAACGAAUCCGUUAUACAUAAAAAAGAAAACGGCAAACGUAAAAAGAUUGCAGGAAUUCAGGAGGAUGAGGUUUCGUGAGACGACGAUGGGAAACAGCUGAGGGUCGUGCUGGCACCCGUUGCCGCCAUGGCCGUCUGAGAAGGGUGCCAUGCGUUUCCAGUCAGCAACGACGACGAAGCGGACUUCCUCGCAUCCUUCUGCUCCUCCUCCUCCACCGCAGAUCUUUCCGCUGCUGCUGGUGCUUGCACUCGCACCCGUCGGCACCCUCUGCUCAGCCACCCACCAGCAGACUUUGCUCGUCCUCUCCGAGCUCUGCCACCAUCGAUUUUCACUCGACGACGGUCUCAAUCUCUUCGCUAACUUCUCAUUAAAGAUGGUCCCCACAAAAGAAUUCUGCGACGAGGAUUCUCUGUGGGUGCUGCAACACGUUGCAGCUGGUCAUCCUGUCUUGGGUACCCUUAGACCAGAACUCUGCGCUCCCGUACAAUACUUCUCUCUUUACCACAACGUCACCAUGGCUAUUUGGAAUUGUCCCCAGGAUUCCGAGGAGGAGGAAAUAGGGACGGCAGCUAACGUCAACAUCGGUAGCAGCAGCAGGAGGAACAUCAACAAUUUGGGCCCUUCCUCCCCAUUCAUAGCCAGAGGUUUCGCAACUCUCGUCUCCUACAUGAGAUGGAGAUCGAUCGGGAUAAUUGCCACCAGCAGCGGUUGGUGGCCUAGGCUGUCGCAGCUGGUGGCUAUCCAGUUGAGGGAAUUGGGUAUCGUAGCGAGGUUCUACGAGAUUGUGCCUCACGAUUCAUCGGACGGAAGGAUCGAGCGUAAACUGGAACUUCUCCGUCGAACUCCGUGCAGAGUCAUAGUGGUUUUCGCCUCUGGAGACGCAUCCGGUCAAGCCCUAGUGGCAGCACUGGACCGGAUGCGAACCGCGGAAGAUGAUGACUAUAACUCACUCCUAGUGCUAAUGGACAUCUCUGCAUUACCAUCGUGGACCACGCCGCUGCUGGAAUCCGGCCGUAACUCUACGACCAUCCGAGAGGAUAUCAUCAAAACAAUAUCUUCGGAAACCAAGAAGUACACUCUCAUCUUCACCGAGGCGGAGGUGUUGCAUCAAAGUUUGGAACACCGGAUCGUCGGGAGGAUCGCCAAACAUUUCAUUAAAUCAAACGAGUCGUGGACCGAGGGAUUCGCGCUCGUGGAUCUCAAGGAGGACGACACUUUGAGGCGCCUGGUGUCGGUGGAUUACAAGAACGAUAGCCUCUUCGAGGCUGUACCGCAAGUGGAGAACUUCGAGGAGUGGCUUGCCAAGCACGUACAGACUGAAGAUUGCGACGGCUGCGAAUCCAAUCUAGCUCACAUGCUCAGCUUCGUCAUCAUCUUCGUCUGUUCCUGUUUAAGUCUAUUCAUUAUCUUCGUGAUCGCUGCCAUCGCCCGUUACCAACUGCUCAAAAAGAAAGUCACCAAGGGACCGUACAAAGUCCUGCUCACCGCCACGGAUUUCGUCUUUCCUCAGAUCGCAGACAGCCGUAGGGUGGAUGAGGGGAUUGAGGCGAUGCUCUGCUGCUGGUUGCAACAGUUGCAGGAGUUUGGGGGGCCGGAAGUCGAUAAACCCGAUUUAUUGCAGGGCUCGUCGGGGGGCAACGCGAGGACUCCGCUGAGGGGCGGCUCCAGUCCGAGCCUAGCCAAGCAAAUCAUCGUCGAUCCGCGCGUCAGAUAUAACGGCGAUCUCGUCCAGAUGAAGCCCAUCCAGACAGGUGGAAACGUCGAGCUCAGGGCCAAAACGGUUGAACUCCUUUUGGUUCUCCACGGUCUUCGACACGAGAAUCUCAAUCCGUUGAUCGGAUGUUUGGCCGAACCGCCGAGGGCUUGUUUGGUGUCCGAAUGGUGCGCCCGUGGCUCUUUGCAGGACGUUCUUCAGCAGGACGACAUCAAGCUCGACUGGUCCUUCAGGCUGAGCCUUCUCACCGACUUGGUCAGGGGCAUGAAAUAUCUGCACGCCAGUCCGAUCCGCAUCCACGGCUUCCUGACGUCGCGCAAUUGCGUAAUCGAUGCCAGGUGGGUGCUGAAAGUCACCGAUUACGGGAUGCCGGCGUUCUACGAGGCCCAGGGGAUCUCGCCGGAUCCGAAGACCGCUAAAGAGCUGCUCUGGACCGCGCCGGAAUUGCUGAGGCAUUCGAGCCUGAGAAAGAAGGGCACGCAGCCCGGCGACGUCUACUCCUUCGGAAUAAUCAUGCAGGAGGUCGUGGUGCGAGGAGAGCCCUUCUGCAUGCUUGCACUUACGCCCGAAGAGAUCAUAGAGAAGGUGAAGAAACCGCCUCCUCUAAUUAGGCCAUCGGUAAGCAAAGGGGCAGCGCCGCCUGAGGCAAUCAACAUCAUGAGGCAAUGUUGGGCCGAGCAAGCCGACAUGAGGCCAGAUUUCAACGCCGUUCACGAUCAAUUCAAGAAGUUGAACCAUGGUAGAAAGGUCAACAUCGUCGACACCAUGUUUCAGAUGCUCGAGAAGUACUCGAACAAUUUGGAGGAGCUGAUCAGGGAGCGCACCGAGCAGCUCGACAUCGAGAAAAAGAAGACUGAACAAUUGCUGAACAGGAUGCUACCAAGUUCUGUAGCGGAGAAGUUGAAGUUAGGAAUGCCGGUAGAUCCAGAGGCAUUUGCUGAAGUGACCAUCUACUUCAGCGACAUCGUUGGAUUUACAACGAUCUCGGCUCACUCGACGCCCUUCCAAGUAGUCGAUCUUCUUAAUGAUUUAUACACAUGCUUCGAUGCGACGAUCAACGCCUACAACGUGUACAAAGUAGAAACUAUUGGAGAUGCUUACAUGGUGGUCGGAGGACUCCCGGUGCGAGUCUUGGAUCACGCCGAGCAAGUGGCGACGAUGGCCUUGGACCUGCUGCAUCAGAGUGGACGAUUUCGCAUCCGACAUCUUCCUGGGACACCUCUCAGGUUGAGGAUAGGUUUGCACACCGGGCCAUGUUGCGCAGGAGUCGUCGGCCUCACGAUGCCCAGAUACUGCCUGUUCGGAGACACGGUGAAUACGGCCUCCAGGAUGGAAUCUACAGGUUCGGCUUGGAGAAUACAUCUGUCAGAGGCGACGAAAGGUAGGUUGGAAAGGGCUGGAGGUUACCAACUGGAAUAUCGUGGUCCAAUAGAUGUGAAGGGAAAGGGAACGAUGCACACGUAUUGGCUUUUGGGUAAGGCGGGUUUCGAUAAGCCACUUCCAGCACCGCCGUCUCUGGACAGGGAGAGCCAUGGUCUGGAUGAGAGUCUAAUCAUCUGCAAGUCUAAUUCGGCGAACGAGGUGUGUCAUGGAUGCGAUGCGAGUCCUAGCGAGUCACGAGUUCUGCAACAGCACGAGGACAGGUCCCAGGAUCCGACCUUCAUGAAGAGCAUGGAGUGCUCGAAGUUUGCUAGCCUCAUACGAAGUCAGGACCUGGACCAUCCGCUGCAUCACAUCGUAAAGAGCACCUCCAGCGAUACUCCGGGCAUAUCUCUAGGAACACCCGUGUCUGCCAGCGAAGUGGCCGCCGCCCUCCUCGGCGCCUCCACCAGCUCCCUGAGCGGCUUCCGGGUGACACGACCGAGGCGCAUCGAAGAGGAAGAUCUCAGCACUCCGUACAACCAUUACAAGUGUCUCAGUCCCAAGGAUAAGGUCAGCAAGCUGCUACGGAGACAGUUCAGUCUCGAUCGCACCGAGGAGGUCACCCAGGAGAUCGUCCACAAGGCGCUGAGCCCCAGGUUAUGCAAGCAGAACUCAGCAGGAGCUGUAGAUCUGGAGAAGAUUGAGGAGGCACCGACGACGAUGCGUUCUUCUCCGACGACGCCGGCGCCUGCAACCCUUCACUGCUCACUUUCUAUAUCAGUAGACUCUUUGAUACACUGAGCACUACUACAUCCAUGCAGCUCUCUGUACCAUUAAUUGUACACCACAAAUUAUUUGUUUAUAUCUCCUCUACUAUACUUACCACCAAUGAAUCCCCUCCCCUAUCAAUGAUCGCAUGUAUUACGACUGACAACUAUAUAAUUAUUAUGUAAGUCUUAAAGUUCUCUCGGUAACUUUAAAUCGUGAAUAUUUACAUUCUGAACGACCUGCGGCGGAAAGCAACCAUGACAAACUUCCUUGACAGACAAAUGAAACGCUAUAGAAUGAAAAAUAACAAUACAAAACACACAUAUCCGAAGCGAAAAAUAGUUGAUGCACAAUGUAUGUCACAUAAAUAAAAUAUCAUUUUUUAGAAAAGGUGGAUGCGUCAAAACUUUUGCAUACAAUAAAAUACAUUUAUUUUACUACAAAUAAAUUUCUUAACGUUGAUAAUAAACAUAUACAAGAAUAUUAUUGCAAAUUUACUUAACUAAUUACAUCUUCAAUGAGUUCUCACAGCAUUCAAAAGUUAAGCAACAUGAAUAGCGAUUAAUAUUUGGUUCUGCUACAGAAACGCUUUAAUCACUUGUAAAAAAAAAAG